AUGGACCCGGAGAUGCUGGGUCGCUUCUAUCGCUCAGGGAAGGAGUAUGAUCUCCAUGACAUCCCGGAGGGACGCGAAGUGUGGAUCGUAGGGGCUCUACACUCUGGACCAGACGAGCUGGUGCAAAUCCUGCAGUCGAAGCCCUCACGAAUCCACUUCUUCGAGCCAGUUCUGGAGUUCUUCCAACAGCUGCAGAUGAAAUGGCGUGGUCAUGCUUAUGCGAAUCUGCACAAUUACGGUCUUGGGCAUACACGAGAAGCCAGUGAGAUGUUCAUGGCUGGCGCCGGGAGCUCCCUCUUCCAUCCCAUGGAGUUCUCGGGGAGGCGUCUUUUCUUGGAUUCUGUGAGCGACCUGGAGACUGGGAGGCUCCGUGAGGUUCGAGCCCUUGUUCGCGUGGAAGCGGUGGAGUUGGUUUGGCGGGUGUUGUCUUCGGAAGACCUGGGCCUCCUGUACAUGAAUUGCGAAGGUUGUGAAUACGAAGUGGUCCCGCAGUUAGCAGCUGCAGGGCUCCUUGGGAAGAUUCAGGCAAUUUUGGUUGCAUCGCAUCUGGUGCUCAACGACGAGGAGGCUACGCAGCUGUGCGACAUGACUUCUGGUACGUGCUGGCAGGAGGCUGCUCUCACGGGGGCCCAGCGCUACUGCGAUGCUUUCGAGACA